AUGAUAGCCAAGUCCAUUGCAAGUAGGCUCGGUAUCACUGGUUUGCCCGAGGUCCUAAGUGUCAACACAGUCUUAGCAAAGGGUCAAAGUAAGGAGGUCAAAAUAGCCAAAUGCUUCCUCAGUCCAACUAGCGAGGAAGAACCUCUGAUACCAGUGAGCAGAGCUCACGUAGUGGACGAGCUACAUAUAGAUGAAAGGUACAGGCCUGACGUCGUAGACUUGUCAGGAUGGAAACAUCUACAAGGUCUUGAUCUUUCAACUGAAGUGGAUGUAAAGACUGUUUCCAUAUUGAUUGGUGAGGACGUACCACGGGCACAUGCUGUGACUGAAAGCCGUUAUGGAGAGUGCCCAGACACCCAACCUUAUGCUGUGAAGACCCCCCUAUCAUGGUGUGUUGCUGGACCGACUUGCAAGACUGGAGAUCAGCCUGUGCCCAGCUGCAAUCUACUCGUGGCGAGUACUGAUGUGCUUGGGGGUAUUGGUGAUCGGACGAGUGAGUUGGCCAGCGAGUCAUUAGAGCUUGAAGUGAAGAAGCUCUGGGAGGAGGAGAGGCAUGGUUUUGCUUGUGAUGGCAUUAAAAGGAUGUCGGUAGAAGACAAGAGAGCUAUGCAGAUCCUGGAGUCCAAAACUGCAUUCGUUGAUGGGAAUUACCAGAUUGGGCUGCUGUGGCGCGAGGAAAACCCAUGUCUUCCUAACAACAAGGCAUCAGCCGAGAAAAGGCUAAGAGCACUGCAGAAAAGGUUCGCCAAGGACUCAGAGUAUGCUGCAAUGUAUCGCAAGGCGAUAGAUGACUACAUUACCAAGGGCUAUGCUGUGCAGUUAUCUGACGAGGAAGCAGCAGUGACCACAAGCAAGACUUGGUACCUCCCGCACCAUGGUGUGCAGAAUCCUAAUAGGCCUGGAAGGGUUAGAGUCGUGUUUGACGCCGCAGCACGUUAUAUUGAGACUUCUCUGAAUCAAGAGCUCCUGCAGGGACCAGACUUAACCAACAGCCUAGUCGGGGUCCUGACGCAUUUCCGUCUAGGAAAGAUUGCUGUUACUGCAGAUGUUGAAGCAAUGUUCAUGCAGUUCAAAGUGCCAAAAGAGGAUUGUCAAGCACUAAGAUUCCUGUGGUGGUCAGAUGAAGCUGACGCUACUCUGCAGACGUUCUGCAUGACCCGACACAUAUUUGGGGCAACAGAUAGUCCCAGUUCAUGCACAUAUGGUCUUUGA